CUCUAGUCCCCUUCCCCAUCCUACGUUCGCUGCCUCUAUUCUCCCCUCACUCCACACCACUCCCCUCCACCUCCCAUCUUCCUCGCGCGUCAGUCGCGCCAUCCUUCACGUCAAAAUGGACAUGAACCAUUUAAUAGGUCAACGGUUCAACCUGAUCUCAAAGAGCGAUAUUCGCUAUGUCGGCACGUUACAUGAGAUCAACCCGGAAGCUUCUACGAUCGCCUUGCAAAAUGUCGUUUCUUAUGGAACUGAAGGCAGGCGAGGCAACCCUGACGAAGAAUUACCCCCAUCUAGCAGUGUUUACGAAUACAUUGUCUUCCGUGGAAGCGAUGUGAAGGACAUUAGUGUUGCUGAGGAUAAGAAGGAGAACGCUCAGCCUGAGCCGCCUCAGAUGCCCGAUGAUCCAGCCAUUCUAGGGAGCGUGCCUCGCCCCGGUCCUGGUUCCGGUCCCGGCCCAGUUCCUCAAGGUCUACCUUCCCAGCCACAACCUCAGCAGCCUCUGCAACAACCACCUCAAGGUCCUCGCCCUCCACCUCCCGGCUACCCUCAGCAACCCCAAUUCCAGGGCUAUUACAACCCGUAUGGUCCACGGUACCCCCCAUUCCCACCUGGCCCCGGAUAUCCGGCUAUGCCAUAUGGAGCGCCUCCUGGCUGGUAUCCCCCUCCUGGUCAAGGCUUCCCUCCAGGCCCUGGACAAUUUCCCCCUCAGGUGCCGAUCGGACCUCCUGGUCAGCAUCAAACGCCACCUUCUCAACGCGCUGCUCCUACUGCGCCCAAAACAACCUCCGAGCUUCCGGUCGGUGAUCGUCCCUUGAACAAGCCGGCUGCACAGGAUGCUAGUCCUGCCGUCACCGCGGCAACGGAGAGUGCACCGCCUCCUCCUGUUGAGUCCAAGCCUUCCGUUGCAGAGGCUGUGAAAGCGACGACUGCUGGUCCAGCCGAAAGAGCCCCACCAACCGGACCCAGUGGACGCGCACCGCCUGUGAUUCCCAUUACCCCAGCCAAAACGAGUGCCCCCGCUUCCGUCAACGCUCCUCUCGCGCCUGCCGCCGUCAAUAAUGUGACACAAGGUACCGCUCAGGCUGCCAUCUCGGAGGCGACUCGCGCGGCUACUGCUGCUGUCGCGGCUGCUAUGGCCAAGCUGCCCCAGCCUAACGGACAGAAAAAGCCACAGCACGCGGAUACCUCAGUUGAAGUAAUUACGAAACAGAUGGGCGAUAUGAAACCAUAUGAUAGCCGCGCUUCUCGUGGCGGUCAGCACGCGCGUGGUCGCGGUGGCCACCGCGGUCAGCACCAUGCGCAGGCUAAUAAGAAGGUCGAAGUUCCCCAGACGGAUUAUGACUUUGAGACAGCAAAUGCCAAGUUCAACAAGCAAGAUCUGGUUAAGGAGGCUAUUGCCUCUGGCUCCCCCCUUGAGGAGGCUGAAUCUCCUGCGCAGAUUGCUACAGCUGCUGAGCCUCCUACGACGACCCAAAGCGCGACUGUUUACAAUAAGUCGACAUCAUUCUUUGACAACAUCUCUAGCGAGGCUCGCGAUCGAGAGGAAGGCUCCAAUGUUCGGCCUGGUGGCCGUGAAUGGCGCGGCGAGGAGGAGAAGCGAAAUAUUGAGACGUUUGGCCAGGGUAGUGUUGACGGCUACCGCAGCAGCUACCGGGGCCGCGGCAGAGGUCGUGGCUAUGGUCGAGGCCGAGGUGGCUACGGCCGUGGCUACGGCUCCCGAGGACGCGGCGGCCGCAACAUGUCGCAGUCAACUGGCGUUCCCACCGCAAACUAA